UUUGACGCGUAAAAACCGAAUCUGAAAACUAAAAUCGUCGUUCUCUACUGCGAAGAGAGAUAUUAAUAGACAAAGUUGAGGGCGCGUUAGGUUAGAAAAUCUGUCAUACCGUCUAUCUGUAACUGUGUGGGCCUUCGCCCCUCAGACUCCCCGCACGUGGCGUGGUGUGGGCCGUAGUCUUUUGUGAGAAAUUCACUCUUUAGCUUAAGCACAAGUGAUCGCGGCCGCACCCUAUCAUGGUGCGGGGGUUUGGGGGGCGAAGUCCCCCAGUCACACAGCUAGAGAUAAACAAUAUGACAGAUUUUCUAACCUAACGCACCUCUUUGUCUAUUAAUAUCUCGCUUCGCAGUAAAGAGCGACGAUUUUGUCAAAUAAAAAAGUUGUUUCUUUAACAAAAACGCGUCGAUUGAGCCUACUUUCAUCGAAAUUGGAGGUGAGGGGCCUAAACUGAAUAAUUACCUUGUGAUAACUCCAAAAAAGGAAGCAGGAGUCAUAAAAUGGCGGUUCUGCCGGCGCGCGCGUCUCAUUUCCGGUAGAUUGCUGUGGCACUUUUGCGCAUGUACGAUUAAUUGUGUCUCUUGCGACGAUUGCUUCGACGAGUAUUCUGCGUAUCCUUCGAUUACGUGGGAAAUCUAGAGGCAUCGUCGAGUGUUGUCACAUUAAAUAUCAGGUCGAGCAUGGACGCUCGAGGCUCCUUAUCAAGAACGUAAAUCCAAGUUAUUCGUUUAUUGCUUGGGAAAUUGACAAGUGAGAGCAAGGCCAAGAUGUAUCUGUACAAUUUGACUCUCCAGCGUGCCACAGGCAUUACGCAUGCAGUACAUGGCAAUUUCUCAGGCAGCAAGAUGCAAGAAAUCCUAGUAUCUCGCGGCAAAUCGUUAGAACUGUUAAGACCAGAUCCAAAUACAGGGAAAGUACAUACUUUGCUGACUGUUGAAGUAUUUGGCAUUGUGAGGUCUUUAAUGGCAUUCAGGCUAACUGGUGGAACAAAAGAUUACAUUGUGGUUGGUUCUGAUUCUGGCCGUAUAGUAAUUCUGGAAUAUAUAUCUGCCAAGAAUAUCUUUGAGAAAGUACACCAGGAAACUUUUGGAAAGAGUGGAUGCAGGCGUAUCGUGCCUGGCCAGUAUCUAGCUAUUGAUCCUAAGGGCAGAGCAGUUAUGAUAGGUGCCAUUGAGAAGCAAAAACUUGUGUAUAUUCUGAACAGAGAUGCUGAGGCACGCCUGACCAUUUCUUCACCGUUGGAAGCACACAAGAGCAACACCUUGGUGUACCAUACAGUUGGUGUGGAUGUUGGCUUUGAGAAUCCUAUGUUUGCAUGCCUGGAGAUUGAUUAUGAAGAAGCAGACAGCGAUCCCACUGGAGAUGCAGCAGUGAAGACGCAGCAGACAUUGACAUUAUACGAACUGGACCUCGGCUUGAACCAUGUAGUACGAAAAUACAGCGAACCACUCGAGGAGCACGCGAAUUUCCUCGUGUCAGUGCCCGGCGGCAAUGACGGUCCUAGUGGCGUACUUAUUUGCUCCGAGAACUAUCUCACUUACAAAAAUCUGGGCGAUCAGCACGACAUUCGUUGUCCUAUCCCACGACGACGAAAUGAUCUAGAUGAUCCAGAGAGAGGCAUGAUAUUCGUUUGCUCGGCCACACAUAAGACAAAAAGUAUGUUCUUCUUUCUUGCUCAGACCGAGCAGGGGGAUAUCUUUAAGAUCACGCUUGAAACCGACGACGAUAUGGUGACGGAGAUCAAACUAAAAUACUUCGACACCGUGCCCGUGGCGGCGAGUAUGUGUGUUCUUAAGACGGGAUUCUUAUUUGUCGCAUCAGAAUUUGGAAACCAUUAUUUGUAUCAAAUUGCUCAUCUCGGCGACGACGAUGACGAGCCUGAAUUCAGUUCCGCCAUGCCGUUAGAAGAGGGUGAUACCUUUUUCUUUGCACCGCGACCGCUGCGAAAUUUGGUGCUGGUGGACGAAAUGGACAGCCUCUCGCCUAUAAUGGCUUGCCAGGUGGCGGAUCUGGCGAACGAAGAUACACCGCAAUUGUAUAUCGCUUGCGGCAGAGGUCCACGAUCCACUCUACGAGUAUUACGUCAUGGACUCGAGGUUUCCGAGAUGGCCGUGAGUGAAUUGCCCGGUAACCCAAACGCUGUAUGGACUGUGAAGAGAAGAAUUGAUGAGGAAUAUGAUGCAUACAUCAUAGUGUCCUUCGUGAAUGCUACGCUUGUACUCAGUAUCGGAGAAACUGUAGAGGAAGUGACGGACUCGGGUUUUCUCGGUACAACACCAACCUUGAGUUGCUCCGCUUUGGGCGAGGACGCGUUGGUGCAGGUUUAUCCGGACGGAAUACGCCACAUUCGUGCGGAUAAGCGCGUAAACGAGUGGAAAGCACCUGGCAAGAAGACUAUCGUCAAGUGUGCCGUUAAUCAGCGUCAAGUAGUUAUCGCUCUCACCGGGGGCGAACUAGUUUACUUCGAAAUGGAUCCUACCGGGCAGUUGAACGAGUACACGGAAAGGAAGAAGAUGCCCUCGGAAGUUAUGUGCAUGGCUCUAGGUAAUGUGGCCGUUGGCGAGCAACGGUCGUGGUUUUUGGCCGUUGGCCUGCAAGACAACACGGUGAGGAUAAUCUCGUUGGAUCCAUCGGACUGUCUAGCGCCGAGGAGUAUGCAAGCGUUGCCAGCAGCCGCGGAGAGUUUGUGUAUCGUGGAAAUGGGUGUUAAGGAUGCCGAUAAUUCUGAGGAUUCGGCGCCGCAACAAUCCAGUUUGUAUUUGAACAUAGGUUUGCAAAACGGUGUGUUACUCAGAACCGUGCUGGAUCCAAUUUCCGGCGACCUCGCGGACACAAGAACGCGUUACCUAGGUUCUCGACCAGUAAAGCUCUUCAGAAUACGAAUGCAAGGCAACCAAGCGGUACUGGCGAUGAGCAGCAGAUCGUGGCUCAGUUACUACUAUCAGAAUCGCUUUCAUCUGACCCCACUUUCUUACGAGAGCCUAGAAUUCGCGUCGGGUUUCAGUUCCGAACAGUGCCCGGAGGGUAUCGUCGCCAUAUCGACAAAUACUCUGAGAAUUUUGGCGCUCGAGAAACUCGGCGCAGUAUUUAAUCAAGUGAGCUUUCCCUUGGAGUACACACCACGGAAGUUCGCGAUACACACCGAUUCCGCGCAUCUGGUAGUCAUCGAGACCGAGCAUAACGCCUAUACAGAUGAAACGAAACAACAAAGACGGCUGCAGAUGGCGGAGGAAAUGCAGGAGGCCGCAGGUGCGGACGAGGCCGCUGUUGCCAGAGAACUAGCGGAAGCAUUCUUGUCGGAAGAACCCAACGAAGCUGUUUUUGGCGCUCCGAGAGCGGGCCCAGGUCUCUGGGCAUCUUCGUUGAGAAUAAUGGCACCUACUACUGGUCAAACUUUCGAAAUGCAUCGUUUUGAACAGAACUUGGCUGCUCUUUGCCUAUGCCUGGUAAAAUUCGCCAAUCAAGGAGACCAGAUGUUCCUUAUAGUUGGAGUUGCGAAGGACUUUCAAUUAAAUCCCAGGGUUAGCAAUGGUGGAUUUCUUUAUACGUAUAAGGUUAAUUCGGAAUGUAUGAACAUCGAGCUUCUGCACAAAUCUCCGUUGGACGAAGUUCCUCUGGCCAUUUGUCCAUAUCAGGGCCGGGUAUUAGUGGGAGUAGGAAGAAUGCUACGGCUCUACGACAUGGGUAAGAAGAAAUUACUGCGAAAAUGUGAGAACAAACACAUUCCGAACGCCGUGGUGUCCAUCAACGCUAUCGGUCAGCGGAUUUACGUUAGCGACGUGCAGGAGUCGGUGUACGCUGUAAGAUAUAAGCGCCAAGAGAAUCAACUUAUCGUUUUCGCGGACGACACGCAUCCCAGGUGGAUCACGACGACGUGCGUGUUAGAUUACGACACUGUGGCUACCGCCGAUAAAUUCGGGAAUAUAGCUGUGAUACGAUUAGCUACCGGCAUUAACGACGACGUGGACGAAGAUCCCACGGGUAAUAAAGCCCUGUGGGAUCGAGGAUUGUUGAAUGGUGCGAGCCAGAAGGCGGACACGGUAGCUUGUUUCCAUGUCGGUGAGACGGUGAUGUCGCUGCAGAAGGCGACUCUUAUACCUGGUGGCUCCGAGAGUCUGGUUUACACGACUCUGAGCGGAACGGUGGGCGUCCUCGUGCCGUUUACCAGCCACGAGGAUCACGAUUUUUUCCAGCAUCUCGAGAUGCACAUGAGAUCCGAACAUCCGCCGUUGUGCGGCAGGGAUCAUCUGUCUUUCAGAUCGUACUACUAUCCUGUGAAAAAUGUCAUCGACGGUGAUCUCUGUGAACAAUUCAAUUCGAUCGAGCCAGCGAAGCAAAAGAGCAUUUCGGGCGAUCUCGAGAGAACUCCAUCUGAGGUGUCAAAGAAACUAGAGGACAUUCGUACGCGUUAUGCGUUUUAAACUUGACGACGAGUGGUGUUCUUUGAUGCAUCGGCACACUUCACCGUUUCAACGUACAAUUUUCGCACUUUCGUGCAAAAGAUUAUUUCGGGAAGUCAUUUUUUUUUUGUCGUAAACUUAUUAAUUCCGCUCUUCAUGCACGCUUAAUAUUUAUUCCGAAAUUAGUGUUGCAGAAUUUCUCAAGCGACCUAACUGCUCACGCGGCACCAUGUUCCGUAUAUGCAAUACGACGAUAAAACUAAAUUAAAAAUCGAAUAAAAUAAAAAUUACAUAUUUUGUACGUGUAAUGAAAAAUGUUAUAUAUUAUCUGAAUACAUGUAUUCAGAUUAAUAUUGCACGCGUAAAUUUGAUUCUUUAGGGUGUACGUUAUACAGAAGUAUACUUUAUAUUCAAUUUCUCAAUUUAAUGGAACUGUUGUUACAGUCCCAUGGAAAAUGAAAGGUAUUUUAAUAACUUUAAGAAAUUAUAUAUAUAUAUAUUUCUCUGUAAGUUUUGUAUCCCUGUAACAAUUAGCAAACAGCUAUGAGAGAGAACGUGUUAAUUUGAAAAAUGGAAAAAAAUAUGUAUAACUAGUGAAUUCUUUUUUUUAACAUGUAGAUUUUAGUUGCACCGUUGUAGAUAUGCAUAUGACGAUAUAAUAUUGUCACUAAGCGCCGCAUAUAAACUGAUGUAUUCAAAUACAAUAGUGAUGAACGAUCGUCACUUGCCGUUGUUCCGCAAGUUUGCACAUUAAAUCAUCUAAUGAAUCUACCAA